UGUCAGUUUUUGUUUGGAUGCGGUUGUAAUAUAAUUAUAAUUGUAGUUGAAAUCCUCACAACAAUGUUCAUAAUAGUUUGUUUCUGCGUAUAUUAAAUAUAUUUUACAACAAAUCUUAAAAUUUAUUUAUAAACUAUUCAUAUUGUCUGCCGUCUAAAAAGUUUGUUUUAAUGUCAGUCUUUAUUUAUUUUAGUUGUUAGGUUAAGCUGAGAAAUCAAAAUGAAGCUGUACUGCCUGAGUAGUGAUGCAGCGAAGCCAUGCUUCGUCUUGUCCUUCAAGGAGCUCCUCAUCAUGCUGGACUGCGGGCUGUCGGCUCACUCUGUACUCAAUUUCCUGCCUCUGCCACCAGUUCCCAGCACUCGCCUCGCCUCACUACCGAACUACACUCCCCCACAUAUCAAUGAUCCACUACUUGAAGGGGAACUAAAGGAAUGUUGUGGUCGGGUAUUUGUGGACAGUAUCCCGGAGUUUUGUCCGCCACUUGAUAAGGUGGUGGACUUCUCCCAACUGGAUGUGAUACUCAUAUCCAACUAUACAUGUAUGAUGGCUCUACCGUUCAUCACUGAAGAUACUGGUUUUAAGGGGCAGGUGUAUGCUACAGAGCCCACUUUACAAAUUGGCAGGUUCUACCUGGAGGAGCUGGCGGCGUGGGUGGGCGCGGGCGCGGGCGGGGGCCGCGCGCGGCGCUGGAAGGAGCUGCUGCACGUGCUGCCGGCGCCGCUGUCGCAGGCGGCGCGGCCGCGCGCGUGGCGGCGGCUGUUCGCGCCGGCGGCGGUGGCGCGGGCGCUGGCGCGCGUGCGCGUCGUCGGCUACGACGAGCGCGUCGACGUGUACGGCGCGCUCGACGCCACGCCCGUCUCCUCGGGCUUCUGCCUCGGCUCCGCCAACUGGGUGCUGCGCUCGGCGCACGAGAAGGUCGCGUACGUGAGCGGCUCCAGCACGCUCACCACGCACCCGCGGCCCAUCAACCAGGCGGCGCUGCGCGGCGCCGACCUGCUGGUGCUGGCCGCGCUCACGCAGACGCCGGCGCACAACCCGGACCACAUGCUGGGCGACCUGUGCGUGCACGCCACGCUCACGCUGCGCGCGGGCGGCUGCGUGCUGUGCCCGGUGUACCCGAGCGGCGUGCUCUACGACCUGCUCGAGUGCCUCUCGCAGCACCUCGACGGCGCGGGGCUGGCGCACGUGCCGCUCUACGUCGUGUCGCCGGUGGCGGACUCCUCGCUCGCCUACAGCAACAUCCUCGCCGAGUGGGUCUCGGUCACCAAGCAGGCGCGCGUGUACCUGCCCGAGGAGCCGUUCCCGCACGCAGCGCUGGCCCGCGCCGGCCGCCUCAAACACGCACGUAAUCUGCACGACGACUCUUUUAGCGCUGAUUUUCGUCAGCCGUGCGUGGUGUUCUGUGGACACCCGAGCCUGCGGUUCGGUGCGGCCGUGCACCUCGUGGAGCUGUGGGCCAACAACCCCGCUCACGCCAUCAUAUUCACAGAGCCGGACUUCCCGCACACGGAGGCGCUGGCCCCGUUCCAGCCGCUGAGCAUGAAGGCGUUCCACUGCCCCAUCGACACGUCGCUGAACUACUCGCAGGCCAGCAAGCUGGUGCGCGAGCUGCGGCCGCGCGAGCUGGCGCUGCCCGAGCAGUACGCGGCGGGCGGGGGUGCGGGCGGGGGCGGGGGCGGGGGUGCGGGCCGCGCGCACGUGGCGGCCGACGUGGCGACGGUGGUGGUGCGGCGCGGGGCGGCGCGCGCGGUGGGCGGGCGGCGGCGGGCGGCGCGCGGGCUGCUGUGCGGGCGGCUGGCGGCGCGCGCCGCGCCCACCGACCUGCGGCCCGGCCUGCGCGCCGCGCCGCUCGCCGCGCGACUGCAGCUGCGCGACAGCCGCCUGCUGCUGCUGCCGCCCCCCGCGCCGCCCGGCGCCCCCGCCCCCGCCCCCGCCGACGCCCCGGCCCCCGCGCCCGCGCCCGCCCCCGCGCUGCACUGGGGCGCGCUGGACGUGGAGGCGCUGGUGCGCGCGCUGGCCCGCGAGGGCGUGGCGGAGGCGCGCGUGGAGCGCGGCGCGGCGGACGAGGGCUGCAUCGUGCACCUGCCGCGCCACGACACGCUCGUGCACGUGGAGCCGCACGCCACGCACGUGUUCUGCGAGGGCCGCGCCCACGUGCGGCAGGCGCUGCGCCGCGCGCUCGCCGCCUGCCUCCCGCACAUAUAGCCACCGCCACGCGGCGGCGCACA